GCACCCCUUAUCGACCGGGAGGAGCUGUUUGUGCAGAAGCUGCGGCAGUGCUGUGUGCUCUUUGACUUUGUCACAGACCCCCUAAGCGACCUGAAGUACAAGGAGGUGAAGCGUGCCGGUCUGAAUGAGAUGGUGGAGUACAUCACGCACAACCGCGAUGUGGUCACAGAGUCCAUCUACCCCGAGGGUGUCAUCAUGGUAAGAAGAGAACACACACACAAACUCAAGACAACAUGCAUGCAGUCACAAGUGCAUUCGUAAAGUAUUCAGACCCCUGGACUUUUUCCACAUUUUGUUACGUUACAGCCUUAUUCUAAAAUGGAUUAAAUAGUUUUUUCCCCCUCCUCAAUCUACACACAAUACCCCAUAAUGACAAAGCAAAAACAGGUUUUUAGUAAUGUUUCAGAUUUACAUAAGUAUUCAGACCCUUUACUCAGUACUUUGUUGAUUACAGCCUCAAGUCUUCUUGGGUAUGACGCUACAAGCUUGGCACACCUGUAUUUGGGGAGUUUCUCCCAUUCUUCUCUGCAGAUCCUCAUGCUCUGUCAGGUUGGAUGGGGAGGGUCGCUGCACAGCUAUUUUUAGGUCUCUCCAGAGAUGUUUGAUCGGGGUAAGUCUGGGCUCUGGCUGGGCCACGCAAGGACAUUCAGAGACUUGUCCCGAAGCCACUCCUGCAUUGUCUUAGCUUUGUGCUUAGGGUCGUUGUCCUGUUGGAAGGUGAACCUUUGCCCCAGUCUGAGGUCCUUAGCGCUCUGAAGCAGGUUUUCAUCAAGGAUCUCUGUACUUUUCUCUGUUCAUCUUUCCUUCGAUCCUGACUAGACUCCCAGUCCCUGCCGCUGAAAAACAUCCCCACAGCAUGAUACUGCCACCACCAUGCUUCACCAUAGGGAUAGUGCCAGGUUUCCUCCAGACGUGACGCUUGGCAUUCAGGCCAAAUAGUUCAAUUUUGGUUUCAUCAGACCAGAGAAUCUUGUUUCUCAUGGUGCCUUUUGGCAAACUCCAAGCGGGCUGUCAUGUGCCUUUUAGUGAGGAGUGGCUUCCGUCUGGCCACUUUACCAUAAAGGCCUGAUUGGUGGAGUGUUGCAGAGAUGGUUGUUCUUCUGGAAGGUUCUUCCAUCUCCACAGAAUAACUUUGGAGCUCUGUCAGAGUGACCAUCGGGUUCUUGGUUACCUCCCUGACCAAGGUCCUUCUUCCCCGAUUGCUCAGUUUGGCCGGGUGGCCAGCUCUAGGAAGAUUCUUGGGGAUCUUCAAUGCUGCAGAAAUGUUUUGGUACCCUUCCCCAAAUCUGUGCCUCGGCACAAUCCAGUCUCGGAGCUCUACGGACAAUUCCUUUGACCUCAUGGCUUGGUAUUUGCUCUGACAUGCACUGUCAACUGUGGGACCUUAUAUAGACAGGUGUGUGCCUUUCCAAAUCAUGUCAAAUCAAUUUAAUUUACCACAGGUGGACUCCAAUCAAGUUGUAGAAACAUCUCAAGGAUGAUCAAUGGAAACUGGAUGCACCUGAGCUCAAUUUCGAGUCUCAUAGCAAAGGGUCUGAAUACUUAUGUAAAUAAGGUAUUUCUGUUUUUUGUUUUUAAUUGUAAAAAAUUCUAAAAACCAGUUUUCACUUUGUCAUUAUGGGGUAUUGUGUGUAGAUUGAUGAGGAAAAAAUGAAUUUAAUACAUUUUAGAAUAAGCUUGUAACGUAACAAAAUGUGGAAAAAGGGAAGAAUACUUUCCGAAUGGACUGUACACUCUGACACAGUGUGGAAGGGCCAACAUUUAAUCACAUGUUGUGGGUGUAAACAUGCUGUCACCUCAGCAUGCCACAUCCUGACUCUGUAAUGACACAUGCCUGGCCUCGCUCAGGAUUCCACCCAGCACAGUAGGGGGAGAGAAUCGGCAUCAAACCCUUGAGGAGCUUCCAAAGUUCAUUAUUUAUUUAGGUGAUGAGUCAGAUCGAGCCAAAUCCCUCUGGAAGCCUUUAAGCCCGGCGUCUCUCCCUCUCUCCUCCCCCUGUCAUACACUCUCCCUCUCCUCUGAGUUACACCUACCCUCUCUCCUCCCUCCUGGAUUAUUCUUUCCUACCUCCUUCCUGGGGUAUUUUCUCCUACCUCCUGGGGUAUUGUCCCUCCUUCUCUGAAGUACUCUUUCCCUCUCUCCUCCCUCCUUCCCCUUGUAGUUCUCUUCUCCCCCCCCGGGGAAUUCUCUCCCUCUCUGCUUGUGACACAUUUUUUGUGCUUUGCUCAACAAGUAAUAAGUGUGCACUGGGGAAUUAUCAAUUAUCCAUCACAAAUCAUGGCCCAUACACCUGCUCUUCCUUUCAGCAUCUCUAAAUUGUUGGCAAUGCCCAACAACACUGGCCUUUUGUAUAUCUUUCACCUUCUUCCUCUCUUUCUUUGUCCUACAUUCUCUCUCUCGCCAUCGUACUGUACAUCUUCUGCUUUUCCGUCGUCCAUUACUUUCCCUCUUUCACACCAACCACCUCCUGCUCCCUUUCAUCUUGCUGCUGUCGUCUCUCACAGUGUGAGUGUUCUGGAAUGAUGCUGAGGUGCAGCUCUGGAGCUGUGGAGCCAGGCAGGCUAUUUCCAGCCUCUCUCUUUCCUCAGUGCCAGAGGGGCUCUGUGCGGCGGCAGCCUCAGGCCCAGACAGGAAGUAGGUGCUGGGGAAGCGUUGCUUUAUGUCAGCUGCAAGGAUGCUGGCAGAAGGAUGCUGCUCAGCUGCAGCUCUCCCAGUGGCAGUGUUAGCGGGGCUAACCUAAACAGCCUUUAAACAGAGUUAGCAGGGUUACCUCAAAACAGCCCUUACCAGGGCCUUUCUCAGUGGUAGGCAGAGGCCAGGGCACACUUGGGUCCUCUCUCAACACCACCUGUUUGUCAAAUGAUUUGUGCUCUGAUCUAAUGAAUGUCAUUCCUUUUGUGUGGUAUCAGAUUAUCAGAUGGAUUGUGCUGUGUUUUCCUGAAAUGUACAAUCGGAUGGUAGCUUUAGCAUUGUUGAUUGUUGCCAUGUUGUCUGACACCUCUCAUCUGCCCUGUUCAGUUUUCAAUCAACCUGUUUAGGACCCUACCACCAUCCUCCAACCCCACGGGGGCUGAGUUUGACCCAGAAGAGGACGAGCCCACACUGGAGGCUGCUUGGCCACACCUACAGGUAACGUGUUUUUUUUCUUACAUUUGGAAUUUAGACUAGGAAAAGUUAUUUCCAUGCAGUAUUGACACCCUCAUAUCACAUCAACCUUUUUUUCUUCUUCUCUCCAGCUGGUGUAUGAAUUCUUCUUACGAUUCCUGGAGUCCCCUGAUUUCCAGCCAAAUGUCGCAAAAAAAUACAUUGACCAAAAGUUUGUACUGUCUGUAAGUAUCCUUCUGGGUACAACGCAAACUGUGUUCCCUGUAACUGCUAAGCUGUUGAAAUAUCUAACCCUUUACACUCGUGGGACUUGACCUAUGUGGAUAGGGCUAAAUUGAAAUUCUUACAAAAUAAAUAUGAAAUGCAUAAACAUUGGUAGCAAUUGAAAGGGAACAGUUUGGAGAUUAUGGGACAAUUAUUAGACCAAAGUUGAGGACACAACAGGGAAUCCAAAAAUUACACUGAUUUCAUGUGCAUUUUACAUUUACUGCACUUUUUGCCGCAUUUGUUGAUAACAAAAUCUGAAAAUUCUCUGGAUACAUUCAGUAACAUGAUAAGAAUAUUCCUAGAAAUAAUGACAAGGCUUUGAGUGAGAGGACUAACUGGUGUCUCCAAGUGGCCAUGCACCUCUCCAAUGUGUGCACAGUUCCUAAGCAAUUUCAAUGCACUUUUAUGACUCAAAGAAGAGUCUUCAACUAUAAGGUGCUUUUUUGAGCUCUCCUAGCUGUGCCGUUGAGGAACUAGAGCAAACACACAGGUAGUUGUUUUGUUUGGAACACAUCCCUGCGUCCCGCCAUCAUAUAAUUACUGUUGUUGCUUACGUAAUCCAAAAACGGCAAUUGUAUUUCUCACAUGCGCCGAAUACCUUACAGUGAAAUGCUUACUUACAAGACCUAACCAACAAUGCAGUUUUAAGAGAAAUAAGUGUUAAGUAAAAAAUAGAUAAGUAAAAAAUAAAAGCAGUAAAAUAACAGUAGCGAGGCUAUAUACAGGGGGUACCGGUACAGAGUCAAUGUGUGGGGGCACCGGUUAGUCGAGGUAAUUGCGGUAAUAUGUACAUGUAGGUAGAGUUAAAGUGACUAUGCAUAGAUAGUAAACAGAGUAGCAGCAGCGUAAAAGAGGGGGUGGGGGGGACAAAAUGCAAAUAGUCUGGGUAGCCAUUUGAUUAGCUGUUCAGGAGUCUUAUGGCUUGGGGGUAGAAGCUAUUAAGAAGCCUUUUGGACCUAGACUUGGCGCUCCAGUACCGCUUGGCGUGCGGUAGCAGAGAGAACAGUCUAUGACUAGGGUGGCAGGAGUCUUUGACAAUUUAAGAAGCCUUUUGGACCUAGACUUGGCGCUCCGGUACUGCUUGGCGUGCGGUAGCAGAGAGGACAGUCUAUGACUAGGGUGGCAGGAGUCUUUGACAAUUUUUAGGGCCUUCCUCUGACACCGCCUGGUAUAGAGGUCCUGGAUGGCAGGAAGCUUGGCCCCAGUGAUGUACUGGGCCGUACCCACUACCCUCUGUAGUGCCUUGCGGUCGGAGGCCAAGCAGUUGCCAUACCAGGCAGUGAUGCAACCAGUCAGGAUGCUCUCGGUGGUGCAGCUGUAGAACUUUCUGAGGAUCUGCCAAAUCUUUUCAGUCUCCUGAGGGGUAAUAGGCUUUGUCGUGCCCUCUUCACGACUGUCUUGGUGUGUUUGGACCAUUAUAGUUUGUUGGUGAUGUGGACACCAAGGAACUUGAAACUAUCAACCUGCUCCACUACAGCCCCGUCGAUGAGAAUGGGGGCGUGCUAGGUCUUCUUCUUUUUCCUGUAGUCCACAAUCAUCUCCUUUGUCUUGAUUACGUUGAGGGAGAGGUUGUUAUCCUGGCACCACACGGCCAGGUCUCUGACCUCCUCCCUAUAGGCUGUCUCAUCGUUGUCGGUGAUCAGGCCUACCACUGUUGUGUCGUCGGCAAACUUAAUGAUGGUGUUGGCUUCGUGCCUAGCCAUGCUUGUUCUAUUGCCAACAUGACUAGAUCUUACAGUGGUAGGCUUUCAAAAUGCAAUUCAGAGAAACAGAUUGUAAUUUUGGUGCGCAUAGAAAAAAGUCAUGAGUGCAUUCAGGUGUGUGUUCUGCAGCAUAUUUCCUUCACAAUAGACAAACAGGCUCAUUCUGUUCAGAACAACUCAGGGUAUGACGCCAUGUCAUCUUGUAACUGUACAUCAAGCAUAGUCAGCAAAAACAUUAUGACAUGAGUUUUAUGAUAUGGAAAUGUGAAGUGCAUAUUUGGCUUGCUUGGAUGACAUCAAAGCGGUAUUUAUUAUAAUCCUCAACGUCUCAUCUUUCAAAAUACAUCGAGUCAUCUUAAUUUAGAGCAUUUCCCUCACUCAGACAACCAUUUUUUUGGUAAAAGUUGUCCAAUUAGCGGGAGGGAUGGGAACUUCUUGACGCGUGCGGCGCUCAUGUUCAGAACGGCUGUCAGUCAAAACGCAUACAGCGAGAGCCUGAGCUCUGACGUCAUUUAUAGCAUGUUACUGUACAGCCACUGCGUUCAAAUUUAGGCGCUAAUCAGUGCCUAAAUCUGCCAUUUUCAACCCGUAUACGGGUACAAGUGUAAAGGACUACGUGGCAAUAUGUGUAAUAUCCAGGUGCUCAGGCAGUCAGGAAUGAUGCUGUUUACGUGUGCGUAUCAAAUCAAAUUAAAUCAAAUUGUAUUGGUCAUAUACACAUAUUUAGCAGAUGUUAUUGCGGUGUAGGGAAAUGCUUGUGCAGUAGUAUCUAUAAUUCACAACAAUUUUUAUUUAUUUUAUUUUAUUUCACCUUUAUUUAACCAGGUAAACCAGUUGAGAACAAGUUCUCAUUUACAACUGCGACCUGGCCAAGAUAAAGCAAAGCAGUGCGAUAAAAACAACAACACAGAGUUACAUAUGGGGUAAAACAAAACAAAGUCAAAAAUACAACAGAAAUACAUAUAAUAUACAGUGUGCAAAUUUAGCAUGUUAUGGAGGUACACACAUCUAAAAGUAAAAUAACGGAAUUAAGAAAUAUAUAAAUAUUAGGAUGAGCAAUGUCGGAGUGGCAUUGACUAAAAUACAGUAGAAUAGAAUACAGUAUAUACAUAUGAGAAGAGUAAAGCAGUAUGUAAACAUUAUUAAAGUGACUAGUGUUCAUUAUUAAAGUGACCAGUGAUUCCAUGUCUGUAUAUAGGGCAGCAGCCUCUAAGGUGCAGGGUUGAGUAACUGGGUGGUAGCCGUCUAGUGAUGUGGGUGUACUCAAACAUUGGUCAGCUUCUGUCUCCUUCCCACACAGUAGAGAGUCAUGAGAGCUGAGAGGGAAUUAGCAGGGACCACUCUUCUCCAUCUGACCACAUGAUGCUUCCCAUCCACCGCUGCUGGGAAUGAAUAUUAAUAAGGACUUGAGUCAGCCUACUCACUUUCUGAGUACUGUCCUGGGCUCCAAACACACAUUGCUUUGCAUUAUGUUAUGGGGAAACCCAGCCGCUAUGAAAUCACAUAGCAAUCUAAUUUUGUUUUCACCGCACCACUUGAUACUGUGUGCUACAUUGUCUUGAACACUUCAGUGUGUUGGUCAAUAAAAGCUUUGUGUUUGUCUGAUGAGUAUUUUCUACCUUUGCCUGAUUGAAGUAUUUUAGCUUCUACAAUUGCAAGUGUCACAUUGUAUCUUUUGUAUUGAAUACAGUGCUAGUUUCUUGAAUACCUAUGCAUUGAUGUUUGACAUGAUCAUGCCACCCCCUUCCUCCUCACAGCUCCUGGAGCUGUUUGACAGUGAAGACCCCAGGGAGCGGGACUUCCUGAAGACCAUCCUCCACAGGAUCUACGGCAAGUUCCUUGGCCUCCGGGCCUACAUCCGCAGACAGAUCAACAACAUAUUCUACAGGUGAGAUAUGGAUUUUACACCUCCUUGUACACCAGGUAUGUCGGUCCGUAGAAAUAGAAUUACAGGUACACUCAAUGUGGCUGGCGGUCCACCUAACACAGGACACUGACUUGUUUGGGGGAUAUUCUAUUUCAAUGUGUCUGUCUUGCAAGCAGCUGCAUAGCUCGCCGUUGAAAUCUAUUCAGAGUUUGAUGGAGAGAGUCUAUCAGUUCUUGGGAGAAUAGAUAUGUAACUGCAACAAAGAAGAACUGCAAGGUUGUCAAAUGUUGAGGUUGUGAUUGAUGUAUGUAGAAAGUAAUUUGUCAGUAUAUCUGUUAUCUGUGCCAUGUAAUGUAGUUGACCUUAGCCUGGUCUCAUGUUGCAGGUUUAUAUAUGAAACCGAGCAUCACAAUGGAAUCGCCGAGCUCUUAGAAAUCUUAGGAAGGUGAGUGUACUAUCCCGUCAACACAUAAUCUCUUUUUUUAAUUUUUUUUAUAUUAAUCUAAAACAAGUCUUCCCUUAUCCCCAGCAUAAUCAACGGCUUUGCCCUGCCAUUGAAAGAGGAGCACAAAAUGUUCUUGAUCCGAGUGCUGCUGCCGCUUCACAAAGUGAAGUCACUCAGCGUCUACCACCCACAGGUACCAUAGUGCUCUGAAAGGGCCCCCUCACACAGUGUGAGGGUCAGACAUGACACUCUUAUAUCAGCUCCUGCUGAAAUGCUCUCACUCACUCUCUCUCCACAGCUGGCGUAUUGCGUCGUGCAGUUCUUGGAAAAGGACAGCAGUCUAACUGAACCAGUGAGUUUGGCGUGUCUUCAAAUGGGAAUUGUCAGCCAAAGGUCCUUAGCUGGGCAAUAUAUGGUUUUAUACAGAGUGAAUGUUAAUGUUGUGUAAAUGAUUUGACCCCCAGGUGAUCAUGGGCCUGCUGAAGUUCUGGCCUAAGACCCACAGCCCGAAAGAGGUGAUGUUCCUCAACGAGCUGGAGGAGAUCCUGGACGUCAUCGAGCCGUCUGAGUUCGUCAAGGUCAUGGAGCCACUGUUCAGACAGCUGGCCAAGUGUGUGUCCAGUCCACAUUUCCAGGUACACUACACCUGCCUCAUGCUCACUCACACUGCUGUGUUUACUCAUUCAGCUUCACUGACACAAACAUAACAGAAUAUGGCAUUGCCUUCAGGAAGGAAAAAUAACAUCACGCCAGUUUAAAGUAAUUUGUCUUAGAAUCAAGUGCGAUAUUUUGUCAUGAACAGAGUGAACAAGCACUGGAACUAUACAGUACCCACAAUGGAAGAUGACUGCCUUGGUAGAUUACAAGCGUAUUGUUUCUGAUGGCCUCCUUUGUUGUGUGCUCAAGGUGGCAGAGAGGGCGCUGUACUACUGGAACAAUGAGUACAUCAUGAGUCUGAUCAGUGACAACGCAGCCAAGAUCCUCCCCAUCAUGUUCCCUGCUCUCUACAAGAACUCCAAGAGCCACUGGAACAAGUAUGACCCCUGCAUCCAAGUCAAUUAAAAGAUCAAUGCUCCUGCUAAACUGAUGUGCCUCCAAAACAAGCCUGGCAAUUAUAACCCUGGUUGCCAUAGCUGGGUUCGCAUUUGAGAGAAGAAAUCAAUUAAUUGUUGUAAUGGAAGAACAGACAAUGCACUUUGUGCAGAAAUAUUUUUCUCCUCCUAAAAAUGGGAUACUGGAUCCUUUUGAAUAUAAUCCAUAAAAAAAUGGAUGUACAGCACUCUCUGAAAGAUGCAUUUCAAUGAUUAAUUGUAUGUUAACCUGCACAUAUUGCAUUGUGUUAAAUGCCCUUCCUAUGUCUAGGACAAUCCAUGGGCUGAUCUACAACGCCCUGAAGCUUUUCAUGGAGAUGAACCAGAAGCUGUUUGAUGACUGCACCCAGCAGUACAAGGCUGAGAAACAGAAGUGAGUCCACUGGGCAUGCUCAGAGAGGACAUCUGCAUGGUCCUCUAUUAAAUCAGCAUCUUCCCUUUAUUCCCUUGUAGAACUAUUGAUCCUCUCCCUCAAAGCACAGUAAAAUGCCAAGCUAGAUAAUUUCCUGGUUGGCUCCAACUCAAAGUUGUUUUUGUUGCUGAUGUGUUUUCAGAGAGAAGUACAAGCUGAAGGAGCGUGAGGAGGUCUGGCACAAGAUUGAGGAGCUGGCUAAGCAUAACCCUCAGGUGAUCCCCACUGCAGGUUGCCAAAAACACCACAACCCCAUCCCCAUGCAUUAUGGAACAUUCACAUCACGCUGUUCCAGGGAGUAGGCUCAGGAAAUUAGACUAUGCUAUUUAUUUCCACAUUAGACAUUUGUAGAUGGACACUGCAUAAUUGGAUUUGACUUGCUUUUUAAAAAGUGUAUUGUAUGUAAUAUCAAAUGAAUGGUCCCUAGCAACACACUUCCUGUCUAUUAUCCUGAUUCUGCAAAUACAUCCCAUAAUAUCAUUGUCGCCAGGAGCAACGGAAAGGGAGAGAAAAUAAUUAUGUUGCUAUGGUUGUGUGUGAUUGUCUGUAGAGCAAGAGGUGGAGGUGGGGAUUUUGGGGUUUUAAACAGGGUCAUGCUUUAAUUAAUUAGACUUUAUAAAGUCAUUUUUGUUCCAGAUACAUCUAAUUAUCAUCAUUGAUCAUCUCUUGUGACUGAUUCCCAUCUCCAAGGGCUCAGGCACAAAGAGCUGAAGUUUUAAUUAAGAGGAAUUGUGCUUCCAUGAAUGUAGCCAAGAUAUGGGUGUGUGUCGGUAGCUAUGUUUCCAUUAACUUGUCCAGUGAUUAUUUAUUUUGGUCGACAUUUUAGAAAUUUUGCAUAGAAAAUAGAUGCGACAAUUGCCUGCUACGGUGCGUUUCCAUGUAACUGUCUUGUGUCAAUUAAAAACAGCUGGAUGUAAUGACGUCACACCCAAAAAAGAAAAUCAGCAAAAACCCAGAUUUUCUAAUACCAAAUUGUAGUUGAAAUGUUUCCAUUAUCCAUUUAGGCAAAUUGCGCAUUAAUAAAUUGGUGACAGCCCUCCCACCAAUCUGUUUCAUGUCAGGUAGCCUGCAAAAGCCAGCAUGGAUAUAAUGCAAGAAUGUACUAAUAUUUGCCAUAUUCUAAUAAUUCUCAUGUGCCAAUGUAUCGCCACGGUCCGUGCCAUGGUGAGACUUGCAUUCCUGUAGAUCUGAAAUAAUUAAAUGGUGAAACUUGCAUCCAGCCAACCAGAAAAGCAAGGCGAAGCAAUUCGGCCAUUCUUGAAAGUCAAGGCAAUCGUUGUCCGGCAAAGAAACAUCAUUUUUAUAGUUGAAGUAUAGAUUUAGUAAGAAGUAGGCAUUUAGAAAAUAAAUGUGGAGUGGAGCUUUAUAGUCACGUGCUGACAUGCCCUGUGAACUUUCAACAUUAUUCAGCAAUCAUCAUUUAUUUGAAUAACACUGUUUCCAUCAUUUGUCGCAAUAAAGAACAUUUGACUAAAAUAAAAUCCACCCCUUUCGAACAGAUUAAAAACAACAACUGAUAGCACAUUUCUCCGAUAGCUGCUGUUUGCAUUACACGUCGCAGUGUUUUUGUUGUUGUUGCGACAUUGUGUUUGUCAAAUGAACCUGGGUCAAUGGAAACCUGCCUAAUGUCUGACUGUGAGAGAGGAAAUAUCUAUCUUUUAACCUAUGCUUUAUCUGCAGGUUACCAAACUCCGACCUGGUCUCCACCCACAAGAAGAGGUUUGCUUCUUUUCUUACUGAAUUCAAUGGGCUAUCUGACAUUGAUCUUGGUACAUUCGUGGGUGUGUUUCACAGUCGGUAUCCAGACCAGAUCCAACUAAUUUGUUUCUAUCUGUAAUUUUCCAGUACAUGAUGUACAAUGAGAGUCCGGGAGGGGUGCCCUUGUACUCCAUGGAGACGGAGACGCCCACUGCUGAGGACAUUCAGCUGUUGAAGAAGACUGUCGAGACAGAGGCCACACAGGUACAACUACCAGCACCCUUAGAGGUACACCACGCUGUCUACAUACGUCCACCUGCAGGCUGUUUUUCCAGCCUAGUAACUUCCUAACACACCUACUUACUAAUCAAUGAAUCGUCAAGGCCUUCAUUUGUUGAAUCACAGAUAUGUACUCACACCCCCCGUAACACAUACAGUACGCCCUGCAGGCUGUUGUUCCAGCCUAUUAUUAAUACACCUACCAACCAAUCAAUGAAUCAAGAAAAAACAACACUGUUUUGUUUAUUUCUUUUUCUUUUUGUCUUUCUACGUUUUUAAAGUUGUAAACGAAUGCUUCAUCCAACUCGUGUCAGUUUCAGAAUUCACCAGACCCUGUCUGUCCAUUUGAGAAGUUUCAUUGCUGUAUUGGAUAUGUAUUGGAUAUGGAUAUAAUAUGAACUUCGUUCUACGUAUAUUCUUCCAUAGGGGAUGAAGGACAUCAAGAAAGACAAGGUGUUGAUGCGGCGGAAGUCGGAGCUGCCGCAGGACGUGUACACUAUAAAAGCCCUGGAGCAGCACAAGCGAGCAGAGGAGUACCUGACGGCAAACGAGGAGGCCCUCUGACAAGGGAACAGUGGCACCCUCCAUGCCUAACUCCCCCCCCCCCCCCCCCCCCUCCUGUAUGUCUCUCAUCCAAACAAUCGCCUGCUGUACAUCUAACAGCCCCCUCUUCGCCUCCGCUCCUCAACCCCCACCACCCCUCCAUCUCUGCCGGAGAGCCCCAUCUGCAGAAAACCAGGGCCAUCACAGAGUUAGACAAGAACACACACACUCCUAUACGCACACAUAGAAACAUACAGAUAUGCACACAGACCUACAAUUGUUCCAACUUCCAAAUACUCACACAUACUUGACUACAGUGGGCCGAUCGUUAGGUUGCACGAGGACAACCAUAAUACAACAGUAGUAUUAAGUGUAAGCAUCCGUGAAGCAUGUUUCUUUGUUAUUGUUUCUGUUUCCUUUCGGAUUGGUUUUGGUUGUCCUCAUGUUCCUCCCUCCCACUGUGAUCUGCUGUGCUAAAAGAGAACGACCAAGCAUUACCUAUAGAGGGCAGUAGAGUGAGUGGUCGUCCCGCUAGCUUGUCUGUAGUGAGGGUUAUCUGAUUGGUUUGGUGGAUGAUAGGGCCAUGCUCUAGUCCAGCUGGACGUCUAGUGGAAGUAGUGGUUCUGCUCGGUAAAAAAAAACCUAGCUGUCAGUUCAUGUGCAGGGAACAUAGUACAUUUUGGGGAAGCCAAGUCUGGGACACAAAGCUUACAAGGCAAAGCAAUUAAAUGAAAUGAGAGCACUAGGAAUCAAGAUGGCUGCCUUUAUCUUAAUUUAAUGAUUUACUGUAUGUCAGUCUCUUCCAUUAAACUGUUUUUCUCACUCUUUAGUACUGUAGUUGUAGCUUCAUAAAGUCACCUCUUUGCAUCCUUAAAUCAUGGCCUUACAGCAUCUGUUGAAUUACAUUCUCCCUGUUGGUUAGUCGUAUGCUAAUAGCAUGGUUGUAAGCCUAGGUAAUUUGUGUAUGCAGGGCAUUCAGUCUGGGUCUCAACUUACUGUUGAGCGUUAGAAUAGUAGAAUACACAAGGUGCAAUUUAGAUAUUUGGUUGUGCAUCAGCAGUUUCUCUUGUUAUGUCAGUCACUGACAUUCACUCA